UGGCAGGCUGCUCUUUUGAAUGGGGCAAGUGGGGGUGGAGGUGGGAAGGAGGGGGGUUGGGAUGCUCUUUUGCCAAACAAAUCCAUGUGCUUUAAAAUCCUAGCAAGGAUGCAAAAGAAAAGAAAAAUAAAUACGACCCCCAGGUUAACAUAAUGCAUAUUGAUGGAUGUAGUAGGUUCCAGGGAGUGGAAGUGUUGGGGCACAUAGAAAAUGUAGGGUUGGAGGGGACCUCAGGAGGUCAUCUAGUCCAACCCCCCUGCUCAAAACAGGACCAGCCCCAACUAGAUCAUCCCAGCCCAGGUUUUGUUUAGGCGGAUCAUCCCGGCAUUGUAAGGAAGAAAGAAAUGUCAGGCUGGGUUUGGGGUUUGCGGCACUGUUUUGCCAUUCUGAACCUUUAUUUGCCUGCAUGGUAUUGGGAGGAGGUGGAGAGUAACGGGUUAAGAUGGAGAUGACACCGUUGGCAUUAAUAGUGGUCCUAGUGCUAUAGUCAUUAUUGUCUCUGGUAGUCAUGAUGUGUAGCUGUCACUUGCAACAGUGCAUAGUUCAUGGAAGUAGCUGGGGGCUGGCCUAUGGCUGUUAUAUUCAAUUAAGGUGGACUGAGCCGGAGUUGACAAGGGAGAACUUUACAUGGAGGCCAGUUGUGAAGAGUGGUUCAGCUUGGGAGCCACCACUGAUCUCUUAUAAGCUUGCUGUAAUGUGACGAGUGAGUGCUGACCUCGGUGACAUUAGUCUGUAUUCAUGCGAGCAGCUUCUAUGCAGCUUGAAGUGCAUCUAGGAACGAAUGGAUGACUGAGUAUUCAUAUGAAGAGGAAAGCCAUAAAAGACAUCAGCACCUUUGAAAACAGAAUGCUUAUGCUUGAUGGGAUGCCGUCUGUCAGAGUCAAAACAGAACUGUUGGAAUCUGAACAAGGGUCUCCAAUCGCCCACAGCUACCCAGACAUGGAAACUGGACCCUUGUUGCUAAACAACAUGAAGGCUGAUACCCCAGAGGAUUCAUUAUGUACAGACGAUUUCCAAACACAAACUGAGCCAGUGGACUUAUCAAUAAACAAAGCCAGGUCAUCCCCUACAGCAGCUUCAUCUUCACCAGUUUCCAUGACAGCAUCAGCUUCCUCUCCUUCUUCUACUUCAACUUCAUCUAGUCGGCCAGCUUCAUCCCCUACAGUAAUAACAUCAGUAUCUUCAGCGGCAUCCGUACCAUCAGUAUUAACUUCAGGUCCUCUCGUGGCCUCUGCAUCUAGUGUUAGUAGCCAGCAGUUUUUGCACAUAAUCCAUCCAGUACCACCCUCAAGCCCCAUGAACUUACAGUCCAACAAAAUGAGUCAUGUGCACCGUAUUCCAGUUGUGGUGCAGUCGGUACCUGUUGUCUACACAGCUGUGAGAUCACCUGGGAAUAUGAACAAUACCAUAGUAGUACCACUGUUGGAGGAUGGGAGAAGUCAUGUCAAAGCUGGUACACUGGCAGACUUGGUGGGGAAAGAAGCUGAUUUGAAUAGAGAAACUGGCUGGGGAGAAGGAGAGAAAAAAGAAAUACAAGAAGCACAAAUGGACCCCCGAGGCCUAUCUCCCGGACACAUUAAAAGUGACAGUGAUGAUGAUGACCUGCCAAAUGUGACCUUAGAUAGUGUUAAUGAAACUGGAUCUACGGCCCUCUCUAUAGCCAGAGCUGUACAAGAAGAGAGCAUGUGGGGCUGUGCCAGGUCAACUUUUAACCCUUUGCGUUUUUUCAACUCCAGUCCAAUUUCACAAUUCAGUAUUGAGAGCACAAGACGCCAGAGAAGAUCUGAAUCCCCAGACUCCAGGAAACGGCGCAUCCACAGAUGUGAUUUUGAAGGAUGCAACAAAGUGUACACAAAAAGUUCUCAUCUGAAGGCUCACCGAAGGACACACACAGGCGAAAAACCAUACAAAUGUACCUGGGAAGGUUGCACCUGGAAGUUUGCUCGCUCAGAUGAACUGACGAGGCAUUACCGCAAACACACAGGAGUGAAGCCAUUCAAGUGUGCAGACUGUGACCGCAGCUUUUCCCGAUCAGAUCACUUGGCGCUACAUCGCCGGAGGCACAUGCUGGUUUGAGAUGUGCUACUUGUCAAGCAGAAUAUAAGAGCUGGGUCUCUUAACUACAAUGAAUUCAGCAGGGCUGGAUCCCCUUCUACAGUGUUACAAAGGGCAUUCCAAGAUGUCCACAAUAAUAAAAAAAAAAAGCAGGAAAAGAAGUGCCACUCUUCUCCUUUCCAUCUGAAAUUAAAACCCAUUCCCAUCCCCAGCAUGGCUACCCACCUACCUCCCCCACAAAUGUCAUCACAGUAUCCUGGGAGAUAGCAAGCUAAAUGCUGCAAGAAUGGGCAUUAUUUUCCAUGCUGUGUCCUUUAAUAAUGUUUAUAGCCUGUACAUUUUCUCAGCUGUUGGACAUUUUAUCCUUGAGAAUUACUGCCGGUUUGAAGAUCAGAUACCACAAACCGAUGAUGAGAGCAAGACUUCAUUAUUAUCCCAUCCUUUCCCCCUUUUUUGAGUACUGCCUAAUCCGUAUAGAAAAUACACCUCAUCUCUGCUACAGAACAGCAGCUUGAGAGUAGACAAGAAGAUUGUGUUGGAGAGGUUCCACUGUCUGAAGUGAAGGGGCACUUAAGCAGACUUUUGCAAUAAUGAUGGUGGCAUUUAAAUAUUUUACUACAUUUUGUCAUUAUGCCCUGAAAGACACCAAACAUUUCCUUUCCUUUCCUUUCCUUUCCUUUCCUUUCCUUGUUUUUCUCUUUUUUUGUGGUCUGUAAAACAAAUGGGUGCAACGGCAUUUCAGGUCAAGUACAAUAUAAGUAACUGUGCUCUACUAUAGACUUGUUUAGUACUAUUUUCUGGUUUGUAUAAAAAGAGCCUGCUUACACAUUUCUGUUUUCAAAGUGCAGUUUUCUGUCACAGGAAUCUUGCUGUCCUAUAUCCUAGUGUUUUAUUAAGGAAUUAGUGAAACAAAUUUAUACAUGCUGGCACCGUGGCAUAACUGUCCACAAAAUACAACUGAAUGUACAAAUGAGACAAAACGUAGAAGCAUUACAAUGGCAGAGAAAAGCAAUAAUGAAUAAAAUGGCUUUCAAGACAAUAACAUACUGGAGUCUUGCAAAAUUCAACCUUCAUACCACUAAGGGGGCUGUACAAAAAUAAGACAUUAGAUUUCUUGUGUUGACAGCUUAUGUUAGUCUUUUUGAUAUUUUUGAUCUGCCAGGUACCACAGUUAAAUAUAUCAAUUUCUAUCUAAUGUAACAGCUGCUUUGUGGUUGAAAAGGUGGUUUAGAUACAAGAGUGGGUAAGCCUUUAUUGUUGAUGGGUCAAUGGAUGCAUAAACAGAGAGGAUGUGCUGUCAAGAAGAUGAUCUGUAGUGUACUAGUUUCCUCCUUUGGAGGUUGAAAAUAAAGAGGCAUGAGCCUGCCCUUCAGUGCAACAUAAACAGCUGUUCGUAUGGGCUCCAGUGGCUAUCUCUGCAGAGAUUUUCAGCUCAAACCUCCUUUGUUUAAGUGAAAGCAGAUUGCUUAUCAUUCCCAUCCAGCCCAAUAAUUGUGAACCAAUUGGUAUUAGUUAAAUUAUAUGGUCAAGGAAGGAAUUCUUAGCCAACAGUUUUUCUUUAAAAUGGAACAGUAUUUUUCCUCCUUCUUCAUAAGGAUCUGCUUAUUCAGCUAAAUGUUACAAGAGGAUUGGUGAGAUUUUGUAUUUGCUGACAUUUUUAUAGUUUAGAGAGAAAAGUUAUAUACAUAAAGAGCUUUUGUAAUACAUUUAAUUAUGAAUACUCAGUUCCAGGAACUGUACAGAUUAAACUCGCAAUGCCACAGGUUCAUUUUUAAAUGUUUGCCCAAUCUGAAUUAAUUUCUGAUUCAUGGUAUCAUGUUAAGGGGAUUCGAAACCAAAAUUAUCUUUAAGAAAAGCCAGUAAAUACUGAAUAAGCUGUGAUUACAAACACUAAAACAAUGACAGUUAAUGGAAGACGAUUAUUUAUGGAGACACUUUUAUAUAAAUACCCAGCAGGCCCACAAUUUGUUCAUCCCUGUACACAUUUUUAAAUGUUCCCCUGAUAGGGAACAGUUGAACAGCCCUUUAAAUUAAGGACUGCAGGCCUGUUAAAACACCAGCUUCCCAACUGAGUGACAAACUCCACAACCCAAGGAAAAGUAUGUACUACCAGUAUCUAACUGCCUCUUUCACUUCUCAUUCCCCUGUCCUAUUCUUAUAUCAGGCAGGUCACCAAAAUCCAUGACAAAAACAGCAUUUUAGUACCUAGCUUGCUCAUAACAAGCAGUGCAGAUAAUAUUGAGAGUAAAAGGGAUAGUAUCACAAGCUAAGAGAUUUCCAUAAGGCUGAAUUUACCAAAUCUGGUGGGCUUAUGCUGUACCAUAGUCAAAUCAGGCAUUACAUUCAUACCCCACUUCCUCAGCAGCCACUACAGAUUUCCCCCACCCCCCAUUUCCUUUACCAGUGGCAGUCAGUGGCAGGGGAAGUGGUGAUGGCAGCUGAAGUAGGAAGGUGUGAGAGUGGCUGAAGCAGAAGGAUACUGCCAGUUGGCAAUGUAAUUUGCACAUGCUCACCCUGGAAACUUUCACACCCCAUGCAGGACAUAUCCCACAGUUUGGGACACACUUCCCUGGCCAUUGGAUUGAGCUGUUGUGAUGUCAUCCAUCUGCAAACUGAGAUUUUAGCAACGGUUCUCAUUUAAAGAUCAGAUGUCAUCCAUAGGGUUUGCACAUUAUUUGUGGGAAUUACCUGUAUAGAAAUCACAAUUGUCCUUUUAAAGAUAUCAGUCAUUCGAAAAUCUAAAGCAUACAAGCACAAAUCAAAGUAUGAGAUUAUCUUUAAUACCCAAGAAUAUUAUAAUUGGAAAUUAAUCGGGUCUUCGUAACAAAGCAUAAAAAUGCAGAAUUUAUUGUGGGCACAUUUUACUUGAUGCCUACAGCAUCCCCUUUACAAAUAACAGCAUUUUCCAUUUUUAAGUUUACUUCACCAGAAGAAGACAGUUGGGAAAGUCUGGGUAAGUUUCAGGAAUGGCAGUGAGGGCUUUCAUCUUUUCUCUCAUCCAGUUGCCUACACAUCUAUAUAUUAGAAAUGCUGCAACAAAUAUUGGAAAGAGGAUCUGGUUCUACUCUACCAGUUUAAAACAGGGGUAAAGCCAUUAAAAUCAGAGAAGACACACAUGUAUAAAACUUAUCAGUCAGAGACAAAGAGUUAUAUACUGAAGAUUUCUGACAAUCCCCUUUGAAACAGUCCUCAAAGAGAAUACUUAGGCUCAAUGUUUACAGCGCACACCUGAAAGAGCUUUUCAUGUUAUUAUUGCAUCUAGACAGCAUAUACAGACAAUGUACAGACAUUCAGUUUCUACUGGGAGAGUCACUGCCUUCCCAGUAGAAAUCACAAGUGUACACAUGUUCAAGAUUUUUCUCCCAGAGCAAAAAUGGUUACUCUGAGAGAAAAAUAACCCAGGAACAAUCAGGGUUAAAUCACCCCAGGAGGGUUUCUCCUGGGAAAGCAAAUGCCUGUAUAUAUUCAUUUCAGAGAGAAGCCACAACAAGGUCCUUCAGCAUCUCAGGGUGCUUUGGUUCUGUCCUUCCCUCCUUCCCAGAAGACUGUAUGUCACUUGGACUGGAUUUUACUGCUCCAGCCAAGCAGAGAGCAGAAUAUGCCUCCUUCACAAUCCCCUCAUUUUGCUGCAGGGAUACAGGGGCUAAGCCAGAGCAGUCUGGGGCAGUCAGUUAGGGCUGCCUUAUGCAUUUCUACCAUCUGUCUCUGGGCAGAUUGAGGGAGCCUGCAGAGGAUGCUGAAAUGUGUGCACAGGGGCCCUUGGCUAAGCAACAUCCACACUGCAAGGUCUCUCCUCUUCAGGGCCUCAGCAUUAACAUUUUUAUUUGGUUACAUUUUCUACUAGGAAAAUGAACACGGGAGAAUUCUACUAAAUCAUUUGAACGUGUGUACAUAGCCGCUGAUAGCUACAGUCUACUAUUGGACUUGCAGGCACCACUGAAGUUAUUGAAGAGCUUCAGGUGUAUGAAUGCUUAGAAUUCAGCCCAUUAUGUUAAGUUAGGUAAUUUUCUUUAAUGCUCUUUUGUUCUUCUGAAACCAUUUAAGAAGUUAUUUUGUAAAGAGAAAAAGCUAGCCCAUAGUGUUCAGAUCUAGGCCCGAGCUUACACAGUUUUUAGGAGUGAUCUCAGGUCAAUGGCUUUGAUACAGACCUACCUGCAACCUUUAAGAAUUAUGCAAAGACCUGAGACUCCCUCCAGUAUUUCCCUCGAUAACCUUUGCAUUAUGAAUAUAACCAGAGAUUUUUCUAUGUGGAAAGCUUACAUUGUAACCAGCAGGCAGAAGUAUGUGGUCUCAUCUUUAUAUAGCACAGAUAUGACUCACAUAAACAGCUGAAAAAUACAAAUAGGCACCAUCCCAUUCUUUCAGUGAAGCAAAGAUUUAUGCUCUUAAAUUUGAAUAAAUGGGAGAUAGGAAGUUAACUGUAGGCAUUGCAGCUUAGAUGUGCAGCUAAUGCUGCGAAGCACCAGACUUCAAGUGACUUUACAAGGAUGUUGGUCUGGUCAGUAAGGCCCAGUAGAAAACAGUAUAUGAAAAUAUAAUGAGCAGAUGUUUUAUUUGAAAUAAAGAUUUUUUAAACACCCAUAUGAUGCAGCACUUUGAAAUCAGCUCAUUGUAGUGGCAGUUUAUACAGGGGAUGAAGAUGCAGUACUCCUUAUUCUCUACUUUAUUUAUUAUACUUACACAGUUAAAUAGAUUUAGACUAACAUGUAUAUAAAAGAUUCUUAGCUCAAAUAAUGUUUAACAAAAUUAACAGUGUUAAAAUGGUAUCAGUGAUAUUGGAAUUUGGGGUAAAUUGACUUUGUGGAUCUUGGACAAAUAGCUGGGCAACAUCCUAGGAGUAGAAAUGAGAAUAACAACCACCAUAAGGCUCAUUUUCUAUUAGCUGCAUUGAAAAUGUACCCCUAGUUGUCAUUUAUAAACAUAUCUUCUGAUAAUAAAUGCUCUUUAAUGGAAAUAUUCUUCUGCUGCCUUAUUGAGAGUGGGUGCCUCAAAAUGUGAAUAUAUUUGCUCCUAUUAAUAUCCCAUUAACUUUUUGUUAUUUGGGUUUUUUUUUUAAAAGAGGUCAAUUAGUAGAGUGUGUCUUCCACAGAGUUAGCAUAUACUGGUAGCUACCACUCAGCUAUUCCUCCCCACUCUGACAUGCUCAUAUAUACAUACCUGCAUAGAUACCUUUACACAUGUUGAUAUGCCUCAUCACAUGUGUGCCCAGAAACAAGAAUUUAACCAUGAUUUAACAAUACAGAGAAUUGGAAUUGGAAAUUACUAAUACUGUAAAAGAAAAUAUCACAUUAUUAAGAAACCAACUUGUAUUGCUGUAUUAUGACUUUGCCUGUGUUUUAUAAUGAAGAUGUAUAUAAAAAAAUUAAAAACUGUUAUAUUUUCACAGUUUCAUUAUAGAGUAACAGUAACUGUGCAAUGUAUGCUUAGCAAAUCAUGCCCAUUGGUACUUUUAAAUAUGUAAAAAUCUAAUCAAUUUCAGUAGUAAUUCAAUUUUUAGUAUGAAACCAACUAUAAGGAUACUGCAUCUUUAAAAACAAAAUAGAACAAAGGUAUUUUACUGUACUUGUAACAGUUUAAAUAUUCUGUAAUAUAUGUGAUAGUGGGAAAGUAUUUUCAAACUCACAAUUUUUCACAGGUUGUAAAUAGUUGAAAUGAAGUACAUUUUAAAAACAAAUCUUUUAGUUUUCAUCCAAAAAGCCCUGCUCAGAUAAUGCCUUGUAAGGAAUGAAACUGUUCCAUUUUGUUAGAGCAUGGUCUGUCUGUGCAAAAUGGAGUGGCCACUCAUCCUGGUUUAUUAAUAGUGGUGUCAGAUGCAGUAAAGUCAUUUUGAGUCCUUGGGAACUGAAUUAGUUAAAACUCAAAAUGCCUGAAUCUGAAGAAAAUAAAACAAAACUACUAUAAAGGAUUUUCUCUGUGUGUGAUGACUGAAGUGUACUAAAGAUACAGUACCAACAGACUCAUUUAAUUUGUUCUUAUAUUCCCCCAGCUAAAAUGUAUUUUGAUCAAAACUUUGCAGAACUAAAACAGGUGGUUACUUUUUGCUGAUUCCAGGGGAAUUUAGUCUUUUAGAAAAAGUUGCAUGUCUGGAAAACAAAGUGCUAUUGGAUGGUUUGUUCUGGCAUUAGAAUGCACAUAUGAUUGCAAAAAGGAUAACAUAAAAUCCAUUAAAAAGAAACAGAAACUGAAAGUGCCUGUUCAUAACCAUUAGAACCUGUUGGGAUGUUCCUAUACUUUUACACAGCAAUAACUUCAAUUCAGUCCUUAUAGGAUUCUGUUAUCAAUAAGACAAAAAAAUAGAAUUACACUUGGACUACAGUAAUGCAACAUAGAACCAAACACAAAGUGCCAUUUAUCUUUUCACUUUCCAAGAUAUUGUGCUAGAGUUUUUUGUCAUUUUCUCUGAUAUCGUCUUUCACAUUGGGGGAAAAAAAAACUGAAUCUUAAUUUACAAGUGACUCAUUUGUUUGUCAGUUCUAAGUGGGAAUAAGUGAAGGUCAUUGCCAAGCAAUGUGUUGGGGGUUCCCCACUUAUGUCUGAUUUGCCUGUGAGUCAUCCAGGCAUUCAGGGUAUUCUCUAGUGUAUUAAUCUGGAAAACAGCAAUAAGCUUCACUGUAACCCUAGCCACUGUUUCUAGAAAAAAACAGUAUGAUGUAUUGUUCUUCAGUGCAAAUACCUUUGAAGAUUCUCUCCAUUGACUUUGAACUCUUGAAAUUUAGAUUUCAUGCAUUGCUUAUGACUCCCGUUUUGACCCCUUGCAUAACGACUCUUUUUUGACCUGUUUAGAAUUACCAGAAAACUCAUUGAAAUAUUUCAACAGUGGACAAAAAAUGGUCACGCUGGGGGGAGAGGGGGGUGGUCUUCUUUUUUCCUUUUUCUGAUAUGUGGUUGGAAGCCUAGAGCAUUUUUUAAUAAGAAGCCAGAGGCAAGACUGAUACUUGCAAGCUGAACUAGAGAACAGCAGACAAGGUUCUUUGGGUAAAUCUGAUAUCUUUUAUUAGACCCACUCAAAUCUUAGUAGGUCUAAUAAAAGAUAUCAGAUUUACCCAAAGAA